AUGGGGACGAAGUGGCCCCUGGUGCCAGUUGCGGCACCAGCGCCAGCAGCAGCUGGGGCAGCAGGCUCAUUUGGGCGCCCUCAAGAGAUCGAGGGAGGGGUGGCCAAGUCGAAAAGCGACAACUUGAAGCAGCUCCGGGGUGAGACGCAGUCGGCGCGACUACAGUGA